AUGAACAUUUCAAACUACAAUCAUCUCAAUAUACUCGAUUUACCAAAUGAAAUAUUAAUCAUGAUUAUCAACAAAUUGAAUAUGGUUGAUGUUCUCUAUUCACUUGUGGAUGUUAAUGAACGAUUUAAUCGAUUAAUAUUUGAUGCUCUUUAUAUUCAUCAUCUUGAUAUGACCAUCAAUUCAUCGUUGGAUCAUAUCAUUUCAAUAGACAAACAAAUUUCAAGAAUUUGUGAAAAAAUCUUAUCGCGAAUUCAACAUCAGAUAAAAAGACUUACUGUUGAAUCACAUUCAAUAAAACGUAUUCUUAGUUUCAAUUAUUCUCAAUUUUAUUCUUUAUCACUUGUUAAUUUUCCAGAAAAAAUACUUCAAUAUUUUACAGGUAUAUUAUUUUAUUUUGUUCUUAAUUAA